AUAGUCGACAAAGUCGCACACAAAAUAAAAACAAAAGAAGUAGAAAGGUGGCCUACAAAUCGCAAACCCUUCUCAAACAGGCACAUACCCCUGUUCUCUCCCAAACUAACAUUUUCUAUCUCCUCCCCAACUCGCCGCCGCAACCACCAUGGGAACACCAGAAACAUCUCGAGAACCGUGUCCUGACCGUAUCCUCGACGACUUAGGCGGCGCCUUUGCCAUGGGAGCUAUCGGAGGUUCUGUCUUCCACUACGUCAGGGGUUCAAUCAACGCCCCUAAAGGUGAACGCAUCCUUCGAGCGCUCGAAACUGUGCGAAUGAGUGCACCGCGUACUGGUGGUGGGUUCGCCGUAUGGGGUGGUUUGUUCUCCACUUUUGACUGUACUAUGGUCUACAUCCGCCAAAAGGAGGAUCCUUGGAAUUCUAUUUUCGCCGGCGCGGCUACCGGUGGGUUCCUUCAGGUGCGUCAGGGUCUACGCGCCUCCGGUCGUUCUGCCGUAUUUGGUGGGAUCCUUCUUGCUUUGAUUGAAGGUGCUGGGAUCAUGCUUAAUCGGGUUGUGUCGCCGCCUGCACAGAUUAUGUAUGAGGAUCCGAGUAUGGGUGCUGGGGCCCCGCAGAUGGGGGGUUAUGGGUUUGGGUUUCCGGGUCAGGCGAGGGCACCUGCGAACGUUGGUGGUGGUGGGUCCGAGGAGGUGAAUCAAGGUGGUAGUGGUGGUGGUGGGUUUUUUGGUGGGUGGUUUGGUGGUGAUGGGAAGAAAGAAGGGAGUAGUUCAAGUAGCGGUGGGAGCGAAGCGACAGUUUUGGAGAGCUUUGAUACGCCUACUCCUAUGCCUAAUUUUGAUUACAAAUGAGCCUGAUUUUGAUUACAAAUGGGAUGGUGGUUCCUUUUCAGGGUUUCAUCAUAGGUGAUCGAUCACCAGUUAUUCCCAGGAACUUGGAAUUGCAUUGGCAAUAAGCAUCAAAAGAGGAUUUUGACAUAGGUUUUGUUUUGUAGCAUAAAUUUAAUAUGGUGGAAGGAUUCUACAUUAUAUAUUCUGGCUGCUGGUUUAGCUAGCUCAUGAUACUGGGUUUACUGGGGCACUUUGAGAUUGGUCUAGUUUGGCUUUGUUCGUUGAAGCUCUUAUGUGUUAACUUUGCAACCAGAUGUUAAUAACCGUCUGUUAUUACUACUACCAGUCUACCAUUACAUUGUGUUGGCUAUUGACAUGGUGCUGUAUAUUGUUCCCCUUUUGCUGAAUGUUAUUUCAUAUAUUCGGCAGUGUGAUCAGCAUAUUUGGUCUACUGGUCUGUAUUAUCUGUGUAUCAUGAGAAUUCUCUCAUUGAUUAUUGAUAUUGUAAUAUUAGAUUUCAAAAUAGGCAUAGUAUCCAUAGUUUCAUAUGUAGAAGCUCAAAACACGUGAAUACAUGAUCAUUAAACAAGUUAAGGGUUCGACUGUUUACUA